UAUGGCGGCGCCCAUGAAAACGUGAAAACUUAAAAUUUGUCUCUAUUUUGGUUAUUUUCAAGUAAAGUAACGAACAGAUAUGUCAAGCAAACCACUCAAAAUCCUUGUUUCUGGUGAUGUCGAAGGCAAGUUCACUACCCUCUUUUCAAGAGUUAAUGGUAUCAUCAAGAAAAAUGGGCCAUUUGAUCUCCUAAUCUGCGUGGGCGAGUUCUUUCAUGGAGAAGGUUCAAGAGAAGAAUGGGAGAAAUAUCAGAAGGGAGAAUUGAAAGUGCCCAUGCCCAUUCUUAUACUUGGUCCAACAAAACAGGGAAACACCAUCUACUACACGGAGGAGAAAGGUGGAGAUCUUUGUGAAAAUGUUACCUACCUUGGGCGCCAAGGUCUAUUCACUGGAAGCUCCGGUCUGAAAAUAGCAUAUCUGAGCGGACGAGAUGGUGUCACUGAAGAGAAUCCUAAACUUUCGUUUAAUAAGGAGGAUGUCCACAAUCUCAUGAUGUCGGCUUCUGCUGAGUCGAACUUCAAGGGUGUUGACGUUCUCCUCACAGCACAGUGGCCCAAAGGGGUAGAAAAAUAUGCACAAGAACCGGAAGGAGUUGAUUCGAUGGAAUGUGGCUCCGCUGCGCUGGCCCAGCUGGUCUUGGCUUUAAAACCAAGAUAUCAGUUUACGACAGGAGAAGGGACGUUUUAUGAGAGAAAGCCGUACAGAAACCACAAGGUGUUAACAGAAAGUGCGAAACAUGUCACACGGUUCAUUGGAUUAGCGAAAGUUGGCAAUACACAAAAGAAAAAGUUUUUAUAUGCUUUUAACAUUUUACCGAUGUCCAAGAUGAGCACGUCAGAACUCGUAAAACAGCCACCAGAUGUCUCUGAAUGUCCGUUCACAUUCGACAUUUCGUCUGCCCCACGCCAGUCUAAGGAUGAUGACGCUCCACAGUUUUUCUAUGAUAUGAACCAGAGAGAUCAAGGUGGAAGGAAGAGGCGACGUGAGGGAGGUGAUAGCAGGGAGGGAAGACCGCAAAAGAAACAGCCCCAACCAACUGGUCCGUGUUGGUUUUGCCUGUCGAGUCCUGAAGUGGAGAAACAUUUAGUCGUCAGUGUGGCCGAAGAUUGCUACCUAGCGCUGGCCAAGGGCGGCCUAACGCCCGACCAUGUGCUAAUCUUGCCAAUUGGCCAUCACCAAUCUACAGUUCAGGCACCGUCGGACGUCAUAGCAGAGAUAGAAAAAUAUAAAUCUGGACUGAAAAAGUGUUUUCGGAAACAAGGAAAAGCUGUUGUUUUCUUUGAGAGAAAUUAUCGAACACAACAUUUGCAAAUACAGGCAGUUCCCUUCCCUCUGUCCCUCGGUGAAGAUGAAAUAAAAGAGAUAUUCUUGGACUCCGCUCACAACCACCCACAUCCAUUCGAGCUGCAUGAGAUACCAAAGUUAUCAGAUCUCAAACAGAUUGUCCCUGCAGGUGCUCCCUACUUCUAUGUCGAACUGCCAUCUGGUGAGAAGUUGUUACAUCGUAUUAAGAAAGGUUUCCCUCUUCAGUUUGGAAGAGAAGUAAUGGCGAGCAAAGAAAUUCUCGAUAUGGAGGAAAAAACGGACUGGAAAAACUGCAAGUUGACCAAGGGCGAAGAGACGGAAGCUGCUCAGAGUUUUAGGAAACUGUUCCAAGACUUUGACUGUAUCUGAAUGCAAGACUUCGAACAAUCCCUGUUCUUCACCAAAUACAUGUAAUUUGCGAGUUGAGAUGACGGUGAUUCUGAUGGGGGAAAUCAGUGGCAAAGUGGUUCGAGUGCCAGGCUCAUAACCCGGAAGUCCUGGGUUCAAUUCGAAAGGAUCACCACAUGCAACAUCAUCUGUUGCUGAUGACUUGUCCUCGGUUUCCAAGCCUUUGAACAUCUGUAAAACCUCUCUAUAAGGAUUCCCUUGGGACUGACGGAUGCAGUCCUUAGUAGGGAGGUGUCCCGAUUGUAGAGGUCAAAUUGUACCCAAACAACCUAUUUGAGAUCAUAAUCACUGUAUCCAGCUAACAGAGUGCUGUACUUUCCAACACUCUUCCUUCUCCAAGAAGAUAAUUCAAAAAUUGCAUUUAGUACAUUUAUCAUGUAUUUUA